AAUACAGUGUCUGAUAAAGAGAGAAAAAAGACAAAUACAUUUUACUAUAAAUUAAGAACAUGAAGAUUGUGUAAAAAAUGGAAAAAGGAAACAAAAAGGAAAGAAGGCAAAAAAAGGCUAAGCAUUUAUAAGUCUAUUAAGCAUUUAUUAUGUAUAUUAAGCAUUUAUUAUGGAAGUGAUUAUGGAAAUUAUGGAAAUAUUUGAACUUUAGUUAGAUGUUUAAAAGAAAGUCAUGAACUAUUUAAUGAGCCACUAAAACAUGUCUGGAGAUGAUUGUCCAUUUCUUUAUAAUCUGUGGAAGAAGUCGGUUGUAAUAAUUAAUUUUACUCUCUGUGGGCCUAGUCUGACAGAAUAACAACAAUGGACAUGAAUCCCCCAAUAGAAAGGUCCACCCCAGAAAAUGUCCAGUGAAUGACAUAGAGCUAAAAAAAAAAAACCCCAACCUUUUUUAUAAGUUUAUGUGUAAAUGUAAGAUACUGACUGUAUAUUAGCAAAAAAAAAGGCACAAUAUUUUAGAUUGAUUCUAUAUUGUAAAGAUUAGCUAAUUAUAUUGGCUUUUCAGAAAAUAAAAUAAAAAAGAUAUGUGCUUUCAAUGUAAUUUUAAAGCAUGAUAUGUAAAAAAAAAUAAACCGCAUUAACAAAUUUGUAAGUAGAAUUGAUUUAAUGGUGAAUAUUUCUGCAUAGGUAUGAAAGUUGAAGGACAGUGACUAAUUCAGAGGAAAACAGCAGAUCAUUCAGAAAGAAGCAGAUUCAAUGUCCAGGCUUCCAGACGUAGCUGAGCACUCAUCUGAGGUGAGACAAUACAUGUGGUGUAGAAACAGGAAGCUUUCACACUAAGCUGAUUAGUUUGAUGGAACCAGACUCUCUCGUAAUAUCUGAGCUUUCAUUUGCAAUGGUUAGUUGACUUUUUUUUCUCUAGAAUGAGAAUGGAGAACUCACGGGCAAUAAAGGUGGUCUGUUGGAGAACAGCAAAGUUAAGGUUAAUGUAUGUAAAGCUAUUGUAUGUUUUGUCUUAAUGUACUUGAGAGUUCUUAUUAUGGUUUGGUUUCUGAGAAUACUGUUCUGAAUCUGCAUUGAUUGUGCUUUACAAUAAAUAAAAUGGAAUGGAAUGGAAUAUAGCCAGACUGCAUGGAAGAAUCUGAUUUAGUAAUAUGUAAAAGCUAUAGCAGUGGCAUGUUUCUGAGAAGAAUAAUUGAAUCUUUUCCCAGAGCAAGCUUACUGAGAGUGAGCUGUCCACUCUUAAUGAUCAUCCAUCAGGCAAUGAUAACCCAAAGGGCAAAGCUGUCGUUUUCAGCCGGUUGUUUAAAAGAACUAAAACAUGGACGAGACUCCCUGCACAAGAGGGGGAGGCAAGAGACUUCCGUACUGAAACUGACCACAAAUCAGCCAAACUCUCUGGAGAGGAAUCUAAUGGUCAAAUGAGAUGCAGAGUGGCACAUACAUUUUAAGCUAAUGAUUAUGAUCUUAUAUUAAAGAUAAUGCAAACCUAUAAGAGACUGGGCUCAGGAUGGCUUCACUGCCACCACUGACAGUCUGUCUAGCCAAUACAGCAAUAAGGAAGAGCUAUCAUUACAACAUGGAGAACUCUCAGCUGGCAAUCACAGCAAAACACAAAACAACAACACCAUGGAAGAACAAGCACUGAAAAGUGAUGAUUUUUUAGGCAGUGACAAUCUUGAGGGAAAUUCCCUGUUUAAUUUUCUCAAAACAUUUCCUAGAGGACCUGAGGAUACUUCUGAAGAGGACAGCCCACCGUUACACAUUAAACUGCUGGCCUGUAAUGACAAUCUAUUAUAUCUCUCCAACAACAACUUAAAGGAAAAUUCAGGAAAGCGAAGUGGCACUUUCCGCAGUUCCCCAAAACCAGCGUUACGUUUUCCUGCUGAAACGGACCCGCUAAGCGAGCACAUUGAAUUUACAGACUGGGAUUAUAACUUCUUGGACACUGGCACUGAAAAGAAAUCUGUCCCCAGAAAAUACCAUGACAAGAAACUGUCUAACAGUAAUACCAAAGUUGUGUCAUUUAGAGUGAAGAGAACUCUACCUAGAAUGCCCACAUUUUCAUGCAGUACGCAGGAUUCAGAUCAAGAGGACAUGAUUGAGGAUCCAUUGGAAAUGCAGCAACUGGGGGAAAAUGAGGAAUGUACUUUCGAAAUCCUGCCACUGGAGAUGGCUGUCUACCCAACAGAUUUAAAUUCUUUAGAGACAGAUGAGGAUGAUGACUUGAUGGACUGGUGGAAAACUGUUGAGGGUUGGAGUGAAUGGAAUGUAACGGCAAAUUUUCAGGAGGACAAUGAGGAGCGGACUGUGGAGGCUGCUGCAGACCGUGUGUUCAUGGCUGCCCGUCUCUUUGUCAGUCUGUUCAACCAGCGUGGGGCAUCUCUGCAACAUCAUAUUUUAGAGUUGCUUGCUCUGGCAGACACUGCUGACAAAUUUCAUAAGAAGACUGUGAGUGCAGCUGUUGGAGGGGGCGUAGCUAGUGUGGCAGGGGGCAUAGCCACCAUUACGGGCCUCAUCUUGGCACCCUUCACCUUUGGCACUUCCACUAUUGUCACUGCGGUUGGUAUAAGUGUAGCAACAGCUGGAAGUAUCACCUCAGCCACGGCUAACAUCACCGAUGCGGUUCAAUCCAAGAUGGAUCGCAAGAAGGUGGAGAAGAUGAUCCAAGGCUACCAGAAUGAGAUCAGUGACAUCAGAGAUUGUCUGGAGUUCAUGCAGGAAGGAAUGAACACCCUACAGGAAUGGGAUUUUAAGGGGUACUCUGAGAGUGUGGUCAACACAAGUCUUAGCCGUAACAUAAAGCAUGUGUUGAAGGAAGGUGGACGAGCAGGAAGAGCCCUUAUGAUAAACACAGAUAGGCUUAUCAACACUGUGAAAGUUCUAGGUGUUGCUGGAGGUGCUGCCAAAGCUGCCAAGGCCGUCAGUAUCACCACAGGGGUCAUGUCCACUCUCUUCCUUGCCCUGGAUGUCUUCUUUCUUGCCAAAGACUCCAAUGAACUUCGCAAAGGUGCUAAAACCAAAUUUGCCUCCAAGCUCAGAGAAGUGUGCAAAGAGCUUCAACAUGGCCUACUAGAACUAAACAAAGUGAAGACUCAGCUUCAAAAGACCAUGGAUGGAAUUGAAGUGGAAGAAUAUGAGGAAGAGGAGGAGGAUGAAGACCAUUGUGAGUCAGAUCCUGUUCAACUGGCUCUACUUGAGCAAGAAAUCGAUCAGUUGGAGAAGAAACUUGACCAGAAAACUAUGCAGCAGCAAAUGAACCGAGAUGCUGAGAAAGAGAUCCCAAAAAAAGAAAUAAAAUGAGGAGUCAAAGAGAUGAGUGAACGAUAAGGGGUCUUAUCAGUGAGCCAACAUAUGGAAACAACAAAAGCACUAAACUGAACAAUUUGAAAGGAAAAAUGGUAAGUGGGAAGACACAAAAAUGAAGAGGAAUAAAGCUGUUGAUUUGAAAGGUCCUGGAAAGAUUUAGAAU